CGACCUAGUACACUCCACAUAACUUAGAAGCUCCCCUUUUGCAUGACCCUCUCUCUCUCUCUCUCUCUCUCUCUCUCUCUCUCUCUCUCUCUCUCUCUCCAGAGACACCGAACAAGAUAGACUUGUAGUUGCAGCAAUGGGUGUCUCCUUCCUCUCAGCUUUCCCUUCUCUGCUUCCACUCGUUGCUCAUGAUCCACCACCCACCACCAGAUACCAACCUCGUUCAGUACCCAUUUGUUGUAAUAAAGUCAAAAUCGAUGUUAGUGAUGAAGAUCAGUUCCAUGGGAGACGGAGAGACAUCCUUAAAUGCUUCGGGGCGACCAUUGGCCUGGAAUUGAUAGGAAGCUCCGGAUCGCUUGUUGGAAUGGCUAAUGCUGCUGAUUUGAUACAACGUAGACAACGUUCUGAAUUUCAAUCUCAAGUUAAGGGAACACUUUAUACAUCCAUAAAGGCAAAUCCUAAUCUUAUUACUCCCAUACUAACACUGGCUAUAAACGAUGCCUUCACUUAUGAUAAGGCAACAAAAUCGGGUGGCCCAAAUGGUUCUAUACGGUUCAGCUCAGAAAUAAGUAGACCUGAAAAUAAGGGGCUUUCUGCUGCCUUGGAUUUAUUAGAGGAAGCAAAAAAGGAGAUAGAUUCAUAUUCCAAAGGUGGACCCAUAUCCUAUGCAGAUCUCAUCCAGUAUGCAGCACAAAGUGCUGUCAAGGCUACAUUUUUAGCUUCUGCUAUUCGUAAAUGUGGUGGAAAUGAGGAGAAAGGGAACUUACUAUACACUGCAUAUGGAUCAAAUGGGCAGUGGGGUUUGUUCGAUAAGCAAUUUGGUAGGGCCGAUGCUCAAGAACCAGAUCCAGAGGGGAGAGUUCCAUUAUGGGAGAAAGCUAGUGUGAAGGAAAUGAAAGAGAAGUUUUCUGCCGUAGGCUUUGGUCCUCGCCAGGUGGCUGUUUUGUCUGCAUUCUUAGGACCUGAUCAGACUGCAACAGAGACCUUAUUGGCCACUGAUCCGGAUGUUACUCCAUGGGUUCAAAAAUACCAACGGAGCCGUGAAACAGUCUCUCAGACAGAUUAUGAGGUUGAUCUGAUAACCACUUUCACAAAAUUGAGUACCUUGGGCCAACAAAUCAAUUAUGAGGCAUAUACAUAUGCUCGACCAAAGAUCGACAUUACCAAACUCAAAUUGUAAACAUGUAGUACCAUAUCAUUCUUUACUUCCUCCCCCAGGACAUACCUUGGAUUUCAAGUUUUGACUUAAUAUUUUCUCUUCUCGUUUUUUAAGUGGAAAACUUUUAACUUCUACGUAAUUAUUCAUGCACAUAUAGCGAGAAAGCACCGUUAUCCUCUAGUUAAGUUGAAGCAA